CGUGAAUCAGUUGGUAUUAAUAUCAGUCACAUCUUAUUGAGCGAAGCACAAUUCAAAAAUGUGGUUAUACCUGUUCUUAUUGUUUAGCGCUAUUCUAGCGUAUUACGUGAUAAAGCACUAUUCCUACUGGAAGAAUCGUAAUGUCACUCAAGGGCCUAUCGUUCCCAUCUUCGGGGACAGUCUCCUCUCCGUGUUCCGAAGGGAAUCCUUUUUCGAUAUGAUGAACAGGCUUUACCAGAGAUUUCCUAAUGAAAGAUAUACCGGUUUUUAUCAGAUUUAUAAUCCGAUGUUAAUAAUCCGUGAACCUGAAUUGCUGAAGAUGGUAACAGUCAAGGACUUCGACCAUUUUACAGAUCAUAGGACCUUCCUACCAGACAACUCUGAUCCUUUAUGGAACAAAAAUUUAUUUGCGUUAAAAGGAGAUAAAUGGAGAGAGAUGAGAGCUACCAUGAGUCCAGCAUUUACCAGCAGUAAAAUGCGAGCAAUGUUCUGCCUAAUGAAUGAAUGCGCUCAACAACUUGAGGAUUAUUUUCAUGAGGAAAGUAAAAAGGGCCAAAUUGUGCGUAACAUGAAAGAUGUCUUCACGCGUUACGCCAAUGAUGUAAUAGCAACCUGUGCAUUUGGUAUAAAAUGUGAUUCUCUAACGGAACCGGAAAACGAGUUUUAUAUAAUGGGUAGGAAUGUCUUAGAUGCAGGUAAUCUAUGGAGACAUUUGAAGUUUUUAACUAUCAUUUUGAUACCGAAACUUGCAAAAAUUGUGAACGUGACAAUAUUCAACAGGAUGUCAACUGCGUUUUUCAAGUCGGUUAUUACCAAUAACUUGAGAAUGCGCGAGGAACAGAAGAUAGUACGACCUGAUCUAAUUAAUUUAUUAAUGGAAGCGCGUAAAGGGAAGUUAAUGCACGAGAAGGAAACGCAAGAGCAAGACGCAGGGUUCGCAACUGUUCAAGAAUCGGAGAUUGGUUUGAAAGAAAUGAAAACGAAGGAAAUCACAGAUAUUGAUAUCACCGCUCAAGCAUUAAUCUUUUUUAUCGCCGGUUUCGAGACCGUCUCCACGUUGAUGACCUUCAUGAGCUACGAGAUAGCAGUAAAUCCUGAUAUCCAGAAGAGGCUACAAGAGGAGAUCGAUGAAACGCGCGAAAAAGGCAAUGGAAUACUUACCUACGAAACUUUGACUACGAUGAAAUACAUGGAUAUGGUUAUUUCGGAGACUCUGAGGAAGUGGCCACCCACUGUUGCCAUGGAUCGUUGUUGCGUAAAACCAUACACUAUUCCUGCAACUAGACCUAACGAAUCUCCAAUCCAUUUGAAGUUGGGUGACAUCAUUUGGUUACCGAUUGUUGGUAUCCACAGAGAUCCUAAAUACUAUCCGGAACCAGAAAAAUUUGAUCCAGAGCGUUUCAACGAUGAGAACAAACACCAAAUAAAGUCGUUUACUUACAAUCCAUUUGGUUACGGACCAAGAAACUGCAUCGGAUCCCGCUUUGCCCUCAUGGAAAUUAAAACAAUUUUCUUUUAUAUUCUAUCGAAGUUUGAGCUCGAAGUAGUACAAAAAACAAUAGUUCCGUUAAAGGUAGAUAAGACAAAAUUUAGUUUAGAUGCAGAAGGUGGCGUUACGUUGGGUUUUAAAAUAAGACAACAAAACAAAUAAUGAAACAAUUAAUGUUAAUAUAUACAUUAUUUUGUACCGAUAU